UAUAGAAUAAAGCGAGAGGAAUGGCAAUGAAGAAUGAGAAGAGCAAGAUCCUGGUAUUUGGGGGAACUGGCUACAUAGGAAACUACAUGGUGAAGGCAAGCAUCUUCUUAGGCCAUCCAACUUACGUUUAUGCUCGUCCUAUCACCCCACAAACAACUCCUUCCAAAAUAGACCUACACAAGUAUUUGCAGUCCAUGGGUGUCACCAUUGUCCAAGGAGAACUCAACGAGCAGGAGAAGAUUGUAUCAGUACUUCGGGAAGUGGACAUAGUUAUCUCCACGUUGGCAUAUCCUCAAGUUCUUGACCAACUCAAAAUCAUAGAUGCAAUCAAAGUUGCUGGUAAUAUAAAGAGAUUCCUUCCAUCAGAUUUUGGAUGCGAAGAGGACAGGGUAACCCCUCUACCCCCUUUCGAAGAUUUUCUAGAUAAAAAGAGAAAGAUCAGGAGGGUAAUAGAAGCAGCUGGGAUCCCUUACACAUUUGUGUCAGCAAAUUGUUUUGGUGCAUAUUUUGUCAAUUACUUGCUUCGUCCACAUGAGAAAAAAGACGAUGUUGUAGUUUAUGGAAGUGGCAAAGCAAAGGCGGUGCUAAAUUAUGAAGAAGAUAUCGCUUUGUACACUAUCAAAGUUGCCAAUGACCCUAGAACAUGCAAUCGAAUUGUCCUUUAUCGGCCCCCAAAGAACAUUGUGUCACAACUCGAAUUGAUAUCACUUUGGGAGAAGAAGACUGGUCGGAGUUUCAAUAGGGUUUAUGUCCCCGAAGAAGAAUUGGUUCGACUCUCUGAGACCACACCAGCUCCAAAUAACAUUCCAGUGUCUGUCCUUCACAGCAUAUUUGCAAAGGGCGAGCUGAUGAACUUUGAGCUAGGGGAGGACGACAUUGAGGCUUCAAGUCUAUAUCCGGAUUUUGAAUACACAACAAUUGAUCAACUUCUUGAUAUUUUUCUUGUUAAUCCCCCGAAGCCCGCAAUUGCUGCAUUUGAAUGAGAGAGAGAGAGAGAGAGAGAGAGAUGUAAUAAGUUGUUCUUGGCGGUUGUUGAACACAAAUAGUGCACUUUGUUCACUUGUAUUUCGUGUUUCUGCGUAAUGACUUGCAAAUAAAAUUAGCUGAAUGUUUUUAA